UUAUUCUGAAAGGGCGUGCCGGAUGUGUUGCUGUGUUGGUGCGCUCAUUGAAUGACAUCAUGCGAGCUGCUGUGUGUCUCUAUCUGCGACAUGUCUCCUUCGGACAAUAGCGAUUGGACUUUUCCCCGCAGUCCGCACCCGCUCCCCUGCAGCCGUCCAGGUGAACAGUGAUGCAGCAGAAGCUGUGUUCCAGAGGACCUGGUUCUUUCCUCUUGGAGAGGAACAGCCAGGCCUGUGGUGCUGUCACCUCCUGUGACCUCCCCUUUCGCUGCCCCCGCUGCGGUGACCAGGAGCGUUUCUGCAGUCUGGCCUCACUUCGAGCUCACCUGGAGUUCCGGCACGCGUACCGCUCACCUGAUGUGACCACCGGCAGCUUCAGCAUCACUGGGAAACUCCCAGACCCACUGACAGCGUCGAUCCCCUGGCACGACAUGAGCCUCCCGACCCGCAGGGGGCAGCAGAGCACAGGGCGGCUGCUUCAUGCCCGCUCCCUCAGCGACAGCAGAGACAGUGAAUACCUCCACUCCUACAGCUCUGCCAGGAGGCGAACACAGAGUGUUGGAGUGGGGACACAGGCUGAGGAGGAAGAUGAAGCUGGCGAUGGGGAAGAGAGAGGUUUAGAAGAUGAAGAUGAAGGAGAAGGGGAGGAAGGUGAUACUGAACAUAGAGACAGAGGCAGACAAGAGGAGCAAACGUACCUAAAACAAACUGACCCAAGCCAACAUCACCUCUCAUUUGCUUUAUCAGCCUCUUUUGACCCGGAACCAGACGCAGACCAAGACAUGGAGCUGGUUGCAGAGCAGAACACCUAUUCCGGUGUGGAGACGGCGGCGGCCUCGGCCGCAGUGCGGCGGCGGCUGGCCGGCAUCCUGCGGGCCGCAGACAGCACCCUGCAGCGGCGGCUGGCCAAGGUCAGCACAGAGCUGGCCCAGACUGACACAGAGCUCCUGUGUCAGCGCGCUCACUCGCAGCAUCUGGCCCAGGAGAGGCAGGAGGUGGCAGAGCGGGAGAGGUCUCUGAGCCGGCAGGUGGAUGUGGCCGUCAUGGUGAUCGCUGCGCUGAGGGAGCAGCUCAACGCCUCAGAGAAUGAACUGGAACGACGAGAAAGGGAGGUGUUAACCAUCCAGAAGUUUCUUGACGCUGCUGCUCGACAGGAGACCUGCGGCAAAGUUCGGAUCCAGCACUUUAUUGAGAACCUGCUGAAGCGCAUCGCUCUGGCAGAGAGGCUGGUGGAGUAUUACCAGGUCAACGGCAGCCCAGCGCAGUGCAGCCACUACAAGCAGCACCAGCAGUCAACUGACAAUGGACCCCACAGAAUGACCAAGAGCAGGUCAGCUGGAGGGCAGCUGUCCUCGUCCAGUCUCCAUGACAACAGAACCCAGUUCAGCAGCCGGCCGCCGUUCUCCAAAACGGGUGGAGAACGAGACCGAGAGCGGGAGCACCGGGAGAGGUUGGCUCAGUCGUCCCGGCUGUUCUGCAGACCAGAACACAGAGACGACAUCUGGAACCACCAGCGCCGCCGGUCCUCAGGGUACGAGGCUUAGAACUGAGAGACGACGGGGGGCGACGCCAGGUGAAACAUUCACAGAGCACUUCCUGCUGCUUCCUCUAGUUCUGAAGUGGGCUUCCAGGUUUUAGCACUAGACGUUUGAGUCUGGACAACAUGUACAAGCUUCUGAAGAGACUUUGUUGAGUUAUUCCUCAACCCAUUUUUCUUGUAAUGUGUUUAAUGUGUCAGAAGGUGGAUGGGAUCUGUCAAACAGAAAAUUCAUCAGUAUUGGUUUUUAAGGAGAUCUGGUUGAUAAGGACACACACACACACACACACACACACACACACACACACACACACACGUUGCUGAAGGCUUCACCUAAGACGCUUCACAGACAAGGCAGUUCAUCUAAAAAGAGCAGUUGGCAAAUAAUCAAUAACUAGAACGAGAGGAUUUGAGGUUUGAGCACUUUAGAAACGAACCAUCUGGAAGGUUUGGCUGUUUGUUUGUCGUCAUCCUCGUUUCAUUAGCUCCAAGCUGAAGAUUGCUUCCUCUUUAACUUCUUUUGACUGAAUUUACAAUAAACCAAAACCCAGUGAAAAUGACACUUUAACAUCAAAGUAACUCUACUUUCAUUAAACAUCACAGCGUUUCUAUUGUGUAACAGGGUACAAGAGCAUGAUGCAGUAACUGGCGUUUUGAAAUCAGAGGAACUUCGCUGAGAAGCAGAUUUAGAUCGUGUUGCAGGAAUGUGGUGGUUUGACUAACGACGCGUCCUCUCCUCUGCUCCAACCUGGACACCAGGGGCCUCAUGUGCAAAGACCUGCAUGGAUUUCCUACUAAACUUGGCGUAAGUUCAAACCAGAAAACUGUGAGAUGUAUCAACCUCUCCUAAAUACGAAUCUACGCAUGUUUCCUUCGUACAUCUCAGUCAAUGUAAAACUGAGCGCAGAUGAUUGAGUAGCAGACUCCUCCUGUGACACGCCUCCAUAUCAAUGUUAAUUCAGUUAAAUACAGUCUGCGCCGAGCAGGACCAUGUGUUCAUGUUGCAGGUUCCACACAGGAGUGGAAAUAAAAAAAGAAAAGUGUUAUGACAUGAAGGUGGACGUGAAGCGGAACCCCUAACGGAACCCCUAACGGAACCCUAACAGGGUAGAGCCGUUGUUGUAGAAUAUAUGUCUGCACCGUUUUGCUCAUUGUUUUAUAUCGUCACAUCUAAAUGCAAACGUGUGUCUGCAUUUAUUGUAUAUUGUUUUUCACUGGUGUGAAUAAUGAUCGUUUUCACGUGAUUUUCAACAGUUUCACCUCUUCGUGUCGCCAACGGACCAAAGCUGUAGAAAAGUUCUCACGUCAGCCAGCGAGCUGCUGUAGAUCUGCACAUGUUUCUACUUCAUGUAGUUGUUGUUACAUCUAAACGUAGGCCUAAAUUCGUGCUUACGCCGGGUUUGUGUGCAUAGGUUCCCUUUGUACAUGAGGCCCCUGAACUCAGUCGUCCUGACUCGGUCUGCGCUUUCUAGAGGUUAUUGAACCGAUCCAUCAGUCAAUCCGCAUGAACCCAAACGGAGCCAAGGACGGAGACUGGUCCAGUGUGAAUUCAAGGACAGAACUAAAGGUGGCUCCUUCUGGUCCCACACAUCCCAGAGUUACAGAAUACUUCUUGUGCUGGAGUAUUUCCUUACAAAAGCGUCUGAUGAUGUAGCAGAGCUCCUUUGGUUGGUGAAGCACACCAGACCUGGGUCAGACGGGUUCUCAGCAGGAACCAAGUGUUGGCUCGUGUUUUCCCCAGGUCUGCAGGACAGCACACUGCAAAUUUACUCGAAUGUACGCCACACUGAAACAGGUGAAGAUCCCGCAUCAGCGCUUUCAUCCCAAGUGACUUACUGUUCAGUGCCGUGAACAUCAUUGAUGCGAUCUGCGCUGUUACAUGUCAUAUUUGCAUAAGAAUGUAAAUGUUCAAGAUGGUAGUUGGUGUCAAAUGUAUCUUUGCUGUUGUUGAUUUCAUGACAGUGUUGAUAGAUAUUUUCUAUACGAAGCUACUUGGUGUUGUCAGGUGACGGUAGUGGUUCUGGUUCUGUAGCCUGAGCUGAGACCCAGCUGCGCUCUGGGAAAAAGUCACUUUUGAGGUCAUUCAUUUUUCAUGGCAGUAAUAAGAACCUGGUCAGUAGCUGUAGGUCUGGACACGCAGCCUCUGAGCAGCAUCACCUCUGCACUAUCCUGCAUACGUAGCCUGUGUUACUGUGGCAGCAUGCUUCAUUUGUAGCAAAUAAGGACUCCUGGUAGAAAGCUGCUGGGCUUGAGCGACGGCGCCGCGUUUAGUGGACAAUCAUUCUAAAACAGAUGGAAUUACUUCCUUGAGUUUGGAUGAGGAGAAACAUCUGAGAAGUUGAUCUGAUCUUAACAAAGAUGUGCUUUUCUCUGUCGGAUUCGACUGGUAGAAAAGAAAUAAGGCUUUAUGUUGUGUGACAGCCUCAGUUCUUCACGUCCGUCUGUAGGGAUAUCAUUUGCAGAAGUAAUUUCUAGUUUUGUGCCUUCACUGAAAAACACUGUUUAACACUGUGAGGAACUGAAGAACUUUUCCUGGUGAAAUGUGUUGGUCUGUGUAAAACCACUGAUUAAACAGCAAAUGUGA